AGUUCUGAUAGAGAAGAAGCAGGAAGAGGCAGCUAUGGAUUAUGAUCAGCAGGUCGAACACAUCGUGACCAACGGUAAGUUUGGAGACCUGAUAGAGUUCGACUACCCCAUCGGGUUCUCACACUGGGGAGUGUACGAUGAGGACGGAUAUGUGGUCCAUUUUGCAGUUCCAGAUGAGGGACCGGUAAUGAGCACGAUACGUAGCUACCUGCAGGCCAUCAUCCAGGUGUGUGGAGACCUUCUUCUGGGGGAAACCCGGAUCCGUAGAAUGCGUCUGGCUGAGAUUAACGUCCCUGAAGGAGCCCAUGUGCUGAUCAGAAACAACGGCCAUGCUUUCACUCCGUCAGCACCGGAGGACAUGAGGCAGCGUCUGGACGCUCUGCUGGAUCAUCACUUCCAGUAUAAGCUUUUCACGCUCAACUGCGAACACUUUGCCACUUUCAUACGCUACGGAAAAUCUGUCUGCAACCAGAUCCCUACAAGACCUAAGAAUGUGGAGUGUGAGGGAGCGACUGCAGUGUUUCAAGCCAUCGUCGACUCCAAACAAACAGCAGAGAACGAUGCUGAAUGAACUUCUAAUUCACAGCUCCACUCAUGGUCUAUCAUUCCAUUUAAAACACAGAAGACUUUCUCUUUGGUCCCCUUUGGAGCUGGGGUUUGUUGUAAAAUAUGAAUGACUGGACUGUAGCUACUUUCCUGGCUGAUUAAUCUGUAAAUAUCACACAAUAAACUGAACAAUGGUUUUGUAAUUAAAGCGCUACUGAUGAUGAUUAAUCCAA